AUGGCCGGCGUGAGCGCAUAUCUUGGCGCGCUCAACGAGGCAAAUGGCAAGGUCGAGGAAGGAAUAUACUGCUACAAGCAUGCAUCGGAAGUGCCCGAGGACAUCCAGAAAUAUUGGCACCAACGGCAUCGGAUAUUCUCCAAAUAUGACGAAGGAAUCUGGAUGACCAACAACGACUGGUUUGGCGUGACGCCAGAGCCCGUCGCCAUGAAAAUAGCUGAACAUCUUGCUCAGAUGGCUUCUCCAGAGAAGACAAUCAUCAUUGACGCGUUCGGCGGUGCCGGCGGCAACAGUAUAGCCUUUGCUCUGUCCAAACGGUGGAAACAGGUUUUCUAUAUCGAAAAGAACCCGCUGACACUGAAAUGUGCACGCCAUAACGCCGAGGUAUACGGAGUCAAGAACAAGAUCGUCUUCAUACAGGGCGACUGCUUCGAACAGCUUACACUGCGAUUUCAAGGCAGGCGUCGAGAAGCAGUACUAUUUGCGAGUCCCCCAUGGGGCGGGCCAACCUAUAAGGGCGACGAGAUCUUCGACGCGGAGAGAAUGGAGCCGUAUUCGCUAAGAAAGUUAUAUGACGCUUUCACGAAGAUCUCGCCAGACUUGGUGUUAUAUUUGCCGCGAUCAACCAACCUUAACCAGGUCGCGAAGUACGCCAACGAAGAAGAUCAAAAGACUCAGGUCAUCCAUUACUGCGUAGAUGGCGCCAGCAAGGCGCUUUGCGUGUACUACGGAAACUUUUUGCGACUACCCUGA